AUGAAUUCAAAGACUUUUCUCACUUUCAUUGCUCUUGCUUGUAUCAUUGCUAUAGUUAGCGCUCAAGAAACCACAACAGCUGAUCCUAUUGCUUCACUUCAAAGUAAGGCAUCUUCUGUAGCUGCAACUGCCAGUAAUACCUCACCAACUGCUGCUGCUACUACAACAUCUACUAGUGCUGGUUUUUCUUUGAAUUCUGGAUUAUCGGUGCAACUUCUUGCUUCCAUUUGUGCUAUUGCUGCAUCCUUCUUAUGGUAA